GCCUCUUCUCUGAGCCACGUUAUAGCUGGAUAAACCAACCAUGCUUAUGUAGAGCCACGUUAUAGCACCAGGAAUAUACCUCUGAAACUUUUUAUAUUAACAAGAGGAGAGAACCCAACCUAGGCCAUAAUCCUCUCAUCUCUACUGAAUAGAAACAUGGGUUCCCAAGCCACUAGGCUUCACUUUAUCUUGUUGCCUUUUCUGGCUCAAGGCCAUAUAAUUCCCAUGGUAGACAUUGCUAAAUUGUUGGCACGGCAAGGUGCAUCUAUUACCAUUGUCACCACCCCAAUUAAUGCUGCUCGAUUCAAAACAUUUCUUGCUCGUGCCAUACAAUCCGGGCUACAAAUACAUUUAAUUGAGCUCCCGUUUCCAUGUCAAGAAGCUGGAUUACCGGAAGGUUGUGAAAAUUUUGACCUGAUUCCGACAAUUGACUUGGCCAUCAACUUCUUCAAUGCAACUGGCAUGCUUGAACGGCCGUUUGAAAAUUUGUUCAAAGAGCUAACACCUCGGCCAAGCUGCAUAAUUUCCGACAUGUGCUACCCAUGGACAACAAACAUCGCCAGCAGGUUCAAUGUUCCAAGGAUUACUUUCCAUGGAUUUUCUUGCUUCUGCCUCUUGUGCAUUUACAACUUGCGCAUAUCCAAGGUUCAAGAGAAUAUUACCUCUGACAAUGAAUUCUUUGUGGUGCCUGGCUUGCCUGAUAAGAUUGAAAUAACUAAAGUUCAACUACCAGAAGCUUUACGAGUGAAAGAUUUCAGUGAAAAAGUUUCAGCAGCUGAAAUGGCGUCGUACGGGGUUGUUCUUAAUACGUUUGAGGAAUUAGAGUCAGCGUAUGUUAAAGAAUACAAGAAAGCAAAAAAUGGAAAAGUCUGGUGUAUUGGCCCUGUUUCAGUAUGCAAUAAAGACAACAUCGACAAGGUUGAGAGAGGCAACAAGGCGUCAGUUGAUGAAUCUGAGUGUUUAAAGUGGCUUGAUUCUUGGCAACCAAGCUCUGUCAUCUAUGUUUGUCUAGGAAGUCUUUGUAAUUUAACAACUGCACAACUGAUAGAUCUUGGCUUGGGCUUAGAAGCAUCGAAAAAACCUUUCAUUUGGGUUAUAAGGGAAGGAAUCAAAUCAAGAGGGUUAGAGAAGUGGCUUUUAGAAGAGAAGUUUGAGGAAAGAAUAAAAGGGAAAGGCCUUCUGAUAAAGGGUUGGGCUCCGCAGAUACUGAUAUUAACACAUCCUGCCAUUGGAGGGUUCUUAACACAUUGCGGCUGGAAUUCUUUAACAGAAGGGAUAUCUGCCGGGGUGCCAAUGGUUACAUGGCCACUUUUUGCAGACCAGUUUUGCAAUGAGAAGUUAAUUGUGCAGGUUCUAAAGAUUGGUGUGAGGAUUGGGGUUGAAGUUCCACUAACCUUGGGGAAGGAAGAGGAGAUUGGGGUGCUGGUAAAGAAAGAAGAUAUUGAAAAAGCUGUAAAUAUACUCAUGGAUGAAGGGGAGGAAAGAAAUGAUAGAAGAAGAAGAGCCAAGGAAUUCGGAGAGAUGGCAAAGAGAGCAAUAGAAGAAGGGGGAUCUUCUUACAUCAACAUGAAACUCUUUAUCCAAGAUAUAAUGCAACAAGCAUAUUGUUGUAACAAUGACUAAAAUGUUUGAGAUAACGUUCUCUCUAUUUUAUACGGAUACUUUUUGCUCUUAUAUUACAGCUUACUUUUCAGUUACCCAUAUAAAUUAUUUGUGAAAUCUUCCUUGAGCAUGAGUACAGAUUGUCAUGAUUCCAUUCUAUCAAUGAA